AUGUCCUCCGAUUUAUCACAAAAAUCAACAAAGAGACUAUCAUUCAAACAAGAUUGCUUAAAUAGUCCAGCAUCACAGCCAAAUAAACUGUGUGAAGAAUCAAUUAUGGAGUUUCAAAAAUAUUGUACAAAGAAUGGUGUUAAUACCCAGAAGAAACGAUUAAACUUGCGUCUAAGACGUGGACAUACAACUCUACUUAGUCUUACGGGAUUAGAACGAAGCGAUAUAUCAAAAUCUGAUAAAGGUGGGAAAACCGAUGACAGUUAUAAUGACUUUUCAACCACUUCGUUAUUUUAUGAUCAACCAAAUGAAUCACUAUAUGACAAUGAUAAUACAUGCUACGACAAUCAUUCACACCGUUUUAUUCUAUCAAACAAUGUAUCUACAAAUGUAUUAAUUAAUGAAUACAUCCCAGAUGUUUUACCACUGACGACAGCUAAUCUUUCAAAGUAUACAGUGAAACAUGAGAUUAUUUAUUGGAAUCAUGUAUUAUCUCAACAAAUUUCUAUGGAAUUAAUGAAUAGACUAAAUGAUGAUAAAAAUGUGAUAAUACUAAUGUGAAAUCGCCUAACCCAAUUUUAAUAUCAACAGUUGAAAUCAUGAGUCAAUUGGAGCUAGACCAACAUUGAAACCCUGGAAGCACUGGACGACCGUUUCGUCCUAGUACGGGAUUCCUUAGCAGUGCGCAUCCACGAUCUCGUCCCCCAGAACUUAUCAGUCUCGCGCGCGAGCGAUUAAUCAUUAUACCACUAAACCGGCAUCCAACUGUGUUAAUGUCUGACCCCAAUCAAUCCAAUUUUAAUAAUUGAAUCCCGUAAUGAACGAAAGCACAAAGGAGGACAAUGAAAUACAUUUGAACACUGAACGUUUUCUUCAUAUCUGUCAAUUGGACUAUUAUCUGACUCCAAAACAGCUUGAAUAAAUGAUUUCGUCGAAAAGAAAAAUUUCUUUGCUGAAUUCUCUUUUUUUAUAUUCAAUAGCAUUAUGGGUUAUUUUAAUCUGAGAACCAAACAGUAAAUACUUGACUUGCAAAAUGUCAAUCAAUCGUCCCAAACUUCCAUGUCCCUUCAUUUCCACACUAAUCAUUCUUUGUUCUCGUUCUAUUUUCUUUCGUCUUCUUAACCUUUUACUGCCAUGUAUUUCACUUUUGAUUGAUAAAUAUGCUAGGUUUUAAGC